UUAACCUCCCCAAAAACCACACAGUUACUCUCACCCAGAUCGAUCCAAUUUUCUUAAUUAUUUAUUAAGAUCGAAUGGAUUGGUUCUCAUGGCUGUCAAGAACAAAGCUGCAAGAUUCCCUCAUCUACGAGUACGGUCUCUCCUUCUCACACAACGAGCUCGAGUAUGAAGACAUCGCUUUCUUCAACCACGAGUUUCUCCAGAGCAUGGGCAUCUCCAUCGCCAAGCACCGUCUCGAGAUCCUUAAGCUCGCUCGCCAUCAUCUCAAACCGUCUCCUCCGCUCACCCCUCGUUCCAUUUCCAGAGUCUUGAUGAUCGCCAUUCGCAAAACCGGGACACGCUUCUCCGAGUAUGUUCGCGCCUUGAUCCGACGCGAGGAAUCGUCGUCGUCUCGGGCUCUCGUGGUCGUGCCCAGAAGGAAAGGCUCUUUUCUCAAGAGGAACAAGAGAUCUGUGAUCAUGCCCAGCUGCAAGGAAGAGACUCUUCUCUUGACCAACGGCACUCCAUGCAGGCUCCAAUGCUGCCACGAUGGGAUAUAUGCUCAAGAGGUUAAGUGGGAUUCAAUGUUUCAGAAUCUCAAACCUACUUAGAAGAUGGUUAUAUUUUUACCACUGGUUUGAUUUUUUUUUUUGCUCAUUUUUCGAGUGUGUUUGUUAGGCUACUACUGAGUUUUGUUAAUUAACAGUUUUCGAGUGUGUUUGUUAGGCUACUACUGAGUUUUGUUAUUGACAGUUAAAAAUUUAGAAAUGAUUCUGUUGU